UAAAACGAACGAAUCGAUCCUGAGAGUCAAGAAGUAUUCAGCCCGCUUUCUGGUUAUAUAAGGAAGAAAUAUGACGACCACAUAUGUCACCAGGGGCCCAGUGCCCGUCCAGCAAACCACCUACAUCACCACUGGUCCCCAGCAAAUAAGCACAACAUAUGUCACCACUGGACGGCAACCGCCACCACCACCACCUCCACAAGCCACGGUGGUGGUCACCGCUCCAAACAACAGACGCUGGGCCACCGCCGCCCAAACGCAAUCUGGAACAGCAGCCACGCUUCUUUUCGUGUACGCCGGAAUGGACAUGGCCCAAAGCCUGGGCUGGAACUUGUCCCCCAAUUAUGUCAAUUAUUUCAGCACCCUUGAGUUCCAGUACAGUUGGUUUAUUGGCGUCAUCAUCGGAACUGUGGUGGCGGCCAUAACCGCAUCCUUCCUGCCCAAAAUAGUCUUUUAUGGUCUUGGUGGUGUAAUGAACCUUAUUGACGCCAUUAUUUUUGUGAGUGCUCCCUACCAGUACGAGUCAAUCCUGGCCGCCCGCUAUGUGGGCGGUGUGGGCAUCGGCCUGAUCACCGUACCAUUCCUCAUCCACAGCGCCGAGAUCGCUUCGAGUACGAACCGAGGAACUUGCUGCGCCCUGGAACAGUACGGCCUGGCACUGGGCGUGGCCAUUCAAGUGAUUUACGAUUCGCAGUGGACGCAGAACUUAGGCAUGACCAUCAACCGGGUGCACGGAAUCUUCGGCAUUGUCUUCGCGGCCAUUUCGCUUGGCAGCUUAGCCAUGACGAUCGAUUCGCCGAUCUUCUACAUCCGCCAGAACCAGGAGCAGAAGGCGCGAGCCAGUGUGAAGCAGCUGAUGGGUGCUUUUUGGACCCGGGAGGGGGGAGAGGUGGCCUACGACGAGGCCAAGCUGUACGUGGUGGAGGGCAGCAGCCAGGGAGUGGGUGAGCAGCUGAAGGAGUCCAUGAUGCCCUUUCUGAAGCUGCUGUUCUUCCGCUGCUUCGUGGCCUUCACCUUCUCAAUGCCGCUGUCGAUUUCAAUGGAGUGGACCACGUACUUCGUGGAGGGAUCCACAUACUCCUGGCCCACAAUCAUAUUCGGCAUACUUCGUCUGAUCGGAGCACUGAUCACCUUCGCCGUGUUGGACACCGUGGGCCGGAAGUUCGUCUCGCUGCUUGGACUCAUGUGCAUGGCCGGACUGAUGCUGGGCAUGGCCGGAGUCUACGGGGACUACGCGCACGUAGCCGACCCCUACUUCAUGUGGCAGGUGUGCCGCCUGGGCAUGGCCUUUCAGUUCUUCGCCGGACUCUUCAUCUGCAGCUCAUCCGUCUAUCUGGGCGAGGCCUUCCCGAUGCGCGUAAAGCCCUUCCUGAUCGGCCUGAUAGUGUGUCUGGAGCAGGUGAUCCACAUCAUUGUGAUCAUCACGUUCGCCACCACCCCCGAGUUCUAUUACACCUACUUCGUGGCCGUGGGCAUUAUCAUGGUAAUAGGUCUGGUGGCCUUUGCUGUCCUGAUGCCGGAGACUCGUGGUUUGACCCUAAGACAGGCGGGCGAACGAUUCCGACGGGUGCACGACGUCAUGGCCUACUAAGUGGCUUCUAUUUCAUUUCUGUAAUCGCUAGUCCAAUAAAAUGCUGCCCAAUAAUAUAA